GUCGUGGACUUCGUGUCCUCGAGCGGCCUGACGCGGGCUUUCGCCUUGGCCAGCCGCUGGCAGAAGCAGAAUUUGGGACGCUCAGCCGGCUUUGACCGACUGGGCGCCGGGGUCUUGAGCGGCUUCAAGUACACCAACCCCAUCCUCCUGCGCCAGCUGCAGGGCCUGAACGUCCUCUUCAGCUGGAGGGAAAAGGGCGGAGGCGGUUCCGCGCUUCCUUUGUCGGAAGAGGGCCUCCUGGAGUUCCUGGCAGAGGUCGGUGCCUCGGACUUCACGCAGAAGGAGUUCCGUGCCGUCGCACCCGUGGGCCGCGAGGCCCCGUUUAAAAGCCGACUCCUACGUACACGUGUGUACCACUCUACCAGCGUGCUCCAGGCUCUCGUAACCGGCUUGGUUGGGACCACCGGCUCUGCACUGGCCAUCUGGACGAAAGAGAGCAGCCUCGACAUCCAGAUCUGUCUAGGCAGAGCAUCGCAGAGCAUCGCAGAGCAUCGCAGAGCGCAGAGCGCGGCUGUGUAA